UUACAUUAUAAAUAAACUUGACAAAAUCAAUUUGAGAAAUCGUUUUCAAUCUUAGUUUUCAAUUUAAUUUAAAUAGGUAGACAGUGAUCAGAUUUUUCGCUAAAAACAUGGAUAUUGAAGAGAAUACAAUGACUGAAUUGGCUAAGGUUUCAAAAAUAGAUCCUACAGAAUUUGACGUUACAAUAAGUGCACUUUUAUUGGGAUUAGGAGCUGAAAAAUACGUCGAAAUAUUUAGAAAGAAUAAUAUUGGCCAGUGCACUUUGGCAGAACUAUCUGAAGAAGAUUUGAUAAAGUUGGGCAUAGAUGAUUCUGAAAUUAGGAACAAGUUGCUGGAAGAAGUUAAAAACUUGCCUCUCUAUGAAGAAACUGCUGAGCAGUUAUCAAAGGUUAACAUUAAUUUAGGUCCUAUAGAAGUUGUAGAAAUUCUUGAAGAAAGUUCCCAGCAUUUGUAUCGUAUCUACUUAAGUGUAUUAGCAAAUACAUUAGCUGUAAAAAAGACUAAAAGAAUUUCUGACUGUUUAGUUUAUAAAGACAAAUAUGCAUCUGAUGUGGCAAUUGCUACACUUAGUGAGAUUACUAACAUUUUAAAUUCAAUGGACAUAUCAAUACAUACUCAACUUAAGACAUUAACACGAGAUCCUGGCCAAAGCAAAAAUAAGAAGAUAAUUGUUGGCGCGGUAGGCAGUGCAGUCAUUGCAGUGUUGACAGUGCUAUUUGUACGGUCUUUAAAAGACCUUAAAUAAACAUUUUGAUAUACAUAAUUAUAUAUCUGAAUACUGUUACAGGCAUGAUAGUGUACUUAUUGACUUGUAUAACUAGGAAAAUACUAAGUAUUUUAAAGUAUGUAGAUAGGUUUCUGGAACUCAAGGUUGUUAUUUUUUUAUAUGUAAAGUACACUAUCACCCUUGCACUCUCAUAUAAAUGUAACUAACUACCUCCUAAAAAUAUUUUUUGUAUAUACAUACAUAAUCUCCAAGGAAACUUAUAUUACUAUAGGUAGUUUUACAUUAUAUAUCCCUUAAUAUAUUCAUGUGUAAAUC